UGCACGAUGCGCAACUAGGUUUGACAGAUCUAAAGCAUGGUUAACUCUUCUACUCCCACCGACCCAUAGACUAGAGAUCCUACUUUGCGAGGUGACGCCAGUCAUCUGACAGGUUGCGCAAUAUGUGUUUCCACUGGCGCAACGGAUCUUCAACAAGCACGACAUCUGGUAGUAACACUGCAUAUAAGGCGGUUUACGUGGAAAGGAAGGUUUCUUAGCUCCCUAGCAGCACUUACAAUGGCCCCUAUAGCAGCAGCCGACAUCACUCCCCGCCAAUCGGCUGCGAGUAAUGAAAAGCUCUUCAAUCCCUUCUACUCUCCCGCUAUCAGCGACGAUGGUGAUACUUCUUACAAGUUCGCUCAGUUCAAGCCUUCUUUCCCGGAUGUUUCCUGGGAACCAUUGCCUGAAUUCGAAGUCACGGAACGUGGGAAAUUUGCAGAUCCCGAAAAGAGGCUCUUGUUAGGCGCUGCUCACAAAGUUAAACAUCUCACACCAGCCAUCGGGACCGAAAUUCUGGGAAUCGAUCUUCGACAAUUAUCAGAUGCGCAGAAGGAUGAAUUGGCCCUACUUGCAGGCGAAAGGGGUGUUUUAGUCUUUCGUGAUCAAGACAUUGACAUCUACGGCCAGCUUGACAUUGCUCGUCAUUACGGACCCCUCCACAAGCACGCAACAACCCCCAUCCCAAAGAACGGAUUGGAAGAAGUCCAUGUUGUCUACAACGACGCAUCCCGUCGGCCCGACCCGUCCGCAUUUUCGAAGCUAGAAUUAUGGCAUUCAGAUGUCAGCUAUGAGGUCCAGCCGCCAAGUACAACGUCAUUAAAGGUCAUCACUGGUCCCGAGUUUGGUGGGGAUACCCUGUUCUCAUCGGGCUAUGCAUUGUACUCCUCGCUCUCCCCCGGGUUUCAGAAAUAUUUAGAAGGUUUGGAAGCCGUUCAUAGCGGCGUUGCGCAAGCAGAAGGUGCGCGUGCAGCAGGGUUACCCGUGCGUCGGAAGGAAAUCGAAAGCGUUCACCCUGUCGUCCGAGUACAUCCGGCAACAGGGUGGAAGAGCGUCUACGUCAAUCCCGGUAAGCUUAUCUCAUGUUUGCGAUGCACGUUAAACUUGAUUGCUGUUCCCUCAGGUUUCACCAGGCGCAUCGUAGGCGUGUCCAAGGCGGAAUCAGAUGCUAUUCUGGCAUUCCUCUUCCACCAGAUUAGCGACAACCCGGACCAUCAAGUCAGAAUCAAGUGGGAACCCGGAUCUAUCGUUUUCUGGGAUAACAGGAUCGUGACCCAUUCCGCAACAUUUGACUUUUGGCCCGAGACAAGGCACGCUCUACGAGCUACUCCCCACGGAGAAAAGCCGACAUCAGUCGAAGAAUACGAACGAACGACGGGAAAAGUAGCGAAAGACCGACAACUUGAGAUUUGGAAACAAAAGGGGUUGAAGGUCGAUGGUCCUUCCAAAAUCAUUGGGAAACCACGAGGCUACAACGAUUAAUGUAAUAGUAAGAGUUCGUAUGUUGUAUCCU